UGUGACGAACAAAGCAUUGAAGUGCACUUUUCAUACCAAGACUAGCAAUAGCUUAAUCAUUUGAUAAAAGCUUGUAUUUGUCUUCUGGUUUCUCUUCUUAAACAUGAAGCUGCUAUUGGCGUUUUGGCUUGCAUGUGCUUUUUCUCUUUUAGCUUCUUCCCUGGCUUCAGCAGUCAUUGUUGAACACACUUUCAGAAUUCAGAACACGACCAUCAAACGCUUUUGCAAAGAGCAAGUGAUUGUCACGGUGAAUGGACUUUUCCCUGGGCCAACCAUAAAUGUGAGAGAAGGAGACACUGUAAUUGUCCAUGUUCUCAACGAGGGACCGUACGAUAUCACUCUUCAUUGGCAUGGAGUGUUUCAACGGUUUAGUAUUUGGGCAGAUGGUCCUGAAUAUGUAACUCAGUGUCCAAUUCCUCCCAAAGGUAAAUACACUCACAAAUUCAACGUAACACAACAAGAAGGAACACUAUGGUGGCAUGCUCAUGCAACAUAUUUACGCGCAACUGUCCAUGGUGCUUUCAUCAUUCAACCUCGUUCAGGCCAAUUUCCGUUUCCUAAACCGUACAAACAAGUUCCUAUUAUAUUAGGAGAUUUAUAUAAUUCUAAUGUUGAGGAUAUUACGGCCGAAGCACAGGUUAGUGGUGGUGGGCCAAACGCAUCUUAUGCCUUUACAAUCAAUGGUUUGACCAGUGAUCUUCUCAACUGUACUGAAGAUGAGACAUUCAAGAUGAAAGUCAAGCAAGGAAGGACGUACAUGCUCCGAAUGAUCAACGCUGCACUCAAUAAUGACCUCUUCUUUAAGAUUGCAAAUCACAAUUUCACAGUAGUUGCCGUCGAUGCCUCAUACACCGAACGCUACGACACCGACAUCAUCGUUAUUGCCCCUGGCCAGAGUGCUGACGUGUUAUUCACAGCGAACCAACCCAAUGGUUCGUACUACAUGGUAGCCUCUCCUUACGUUGUUAAUCUCCCUGACUUCGACACCAACAUAGCUCGUGGCACAGUUAUUUACGACAAUGCGCUACCAUCAUCAGAGCCCCUAAUGCCAAUUCUACCACCCUUCAACGACACAGACACGGCUUUUAAAUUCUACACCAACGUGACGAGCAAGGUGGGGGCCCCACACUGGGUUCCGGUGCCACUUAAAGUUGAUGAACACAUGCUGAUUACCAUUGGAUUUAGCCUAGAAUUGUGUGAUUCCAAGAAUGCUUCCAAUAAGACGUGUGCUGGAGAAUUUGGUGACAGGUAUUCUGCGAGCAUGAACAACGAGUCAUUUGCGAUCCCCGCGGGUAUAAAGAUGUCUAUGUUGGAAGCGUUCUACAAUAAUGUGAGUGGAGUGUACACUACAGAUUUCCCUGAUAAGCCUACACUUAAUUUUGACUUCACCAACCUGGACAAUGCUUAUAAUAAGAGCCUUCUGUAUGCUCCAAAAUCAACCAAGGCGAAGAAACUCAAUUUCAAUUCAACUGUGGAGAUUGUGUUUCAGAAUACAGCAUUUCUUGAGGGGCAAAACCACCCCAUGCACCUUCAUGGUUAUGACUUUCACGUUUUGGCUCAAGGGUUCGGGAAUUUUAACAACGACACGGAUAGAGCCAAGUUUAAUUUGGUGAAUCCGCAAUUACGUAACACUGUUGGGGUGCCUUUGGGAGGAUGGGCUGUUAUUAGAUUCCAAGCAGAUAAUCCGGGGGUUUGGCUUAUGCAUUGCCAUAUGGAAGAUCAUGUGCCGUGGGGACUAGCCAUGACUUUUGAGGUUGGAAAUGGACCAACGCCUUCAACGUCAGUCCCUCCACCACCGACUGAUCUGCCUAAAUGUUGACCAAGUUGUGGAUUGCACUUACACAUAUUUGAUAAAAAAAAUUGACACCAUCUCUCUCAUUUUCUAGUGGUGACGUAUGUAUAUCUUAUGUUAAUGUAAUAUUGUUGUGUGUGCAAAACCAAAUGGCAUCUUGCCAGCAAAAAUAAAUUGUAUUAGCAAUCUUUAAGAAUUUUAAAUGGAAAUAUGUUAUAACCGACCAUGGAAGUCAUUAAUCUAAAUUAUUGCUUUGGUGCAUGAUUGCCAUUACAUAUUUA